AUGGGUUUUCCACGGGGAAGGAUUUUCCUCGGAAAGACUCGAUGCCCAAGCAGUAAUGAUGAAGGUUCUGACAUGUAUGAUGAUAUUGGUGGAUUACUUCAUGAUACAUUUCGAAAUGUCGAGGAUGAUUUGGGACAUGAAGGAGUGAGGGAUGGACCAUCAGAAGAUGCAAAAAGAUUCUUUAAAUUAGUAGAAGAAGGGAAAGAAGAAUUAUAUCCAGGGUGUGAGAAUUUCUCCAAAUUAGACUUGUUGGAGUUGUUAAAAGAGGCAUUUCCAUUUGCUCGGCUACCCGAGUCUUUCUACAAGGCUACAAGCAUGAUAAAAGAUUUGGGUCUUCAUUAUGAAAAAAUAGAUGCAUGUCCUAAUGAUUGCAUGUUAUUUUGGAAUGACAAUGUAAAUGCAGAUACUUGUUCUGUGUGUGGGUCUUCUAGAUGGAAGAAUGUUGUUAAUGUCUUGACUAAUAAAAAGACCAAAACCCCUGCAAAAGUUUUAAGGUACUUUCCAUUAAAGCCUCGACUUCAGAGAAUAUUCAUGUGUCCCGAAACAGCUGAAGCUAUGAGAUGGCAUGCCACUGAACGACCGAAUGAUGGAAAUAUAAGACAUCCUGCUGAUGGUGAUGCUUGGAAGGAAUUCGACUCCUUGCACCCUGAAUUCUCUAGCGACCCUCGCAAUGUUAGAUUGGGUCUUUCAAGUGAUGGUUUCAAUCCGUUUCGAACAAUGAGCAUUUCCCAUAGCACAUGGCCUGUUAUGUUAAUGAACUAUAAUCUAUCGCCUUGGAUUUGCAUGAAGCCAGAGUAUAUAAUGUUGUCAAUGAUCAUCCCAGGUCCGUCAUCUCCAGGAAAUGAUAUAGAUGUGUAUCUACAACCACUAAUUGCUGAAUUGAAGGAACUAUGGGAAUUCGGUGUAGAAACAUUUGAUGUCGAAUCCAACCAGAUGUUUCAAAUGCGUGCAGCGUUAAUGUGGACAAUUAGUGAUUUUCCUACACUAGCAAUGCUUUCUGGAUGGAGCACAAAGGGAAAAUUUGCAUGCCCCACUUGUAAUCAUGGCACAUGUUCUCAAUAUCUCAAGCAUAGUUGUAAGAUGUGCUACAUGGGUCAUCGGGCGUUUUUGCCUCCUGAACAUCCAUUUCGAAGAGAUAAGAAAUCAUUUGAUGGUAAAGAGGAUCAUAGACUUGCACCUACUCCUUUGUCGGGUAUAGAAAUCCUCGAAGAGUUGCGUGAAUUCAAGAAUGUCUCUGGAAAGGGCCAAAAGAAAAGGUCUCGGGUUAACAAGUGUCCAUGA